CCCCCUUUGGAGAACACUUUCCUUGGGUCCGGGUUUUCCAAGGCUCGUCGCUGAAGAUUUUCCUUGGAUGGGAAAGGACUUAACACUCAGGCCAGUGAGGCAGGAGAUACAAAGACUUCCGGAGAAGGGCCCGUUCUUUGGAUGUGCUGCUCACAGAGAGAUGAAGGGGCAGCAGAAAACAGCUGAGACGGAAGAGGGGACAGUGCAGAUCCAGGAAGGUGCUGUGGCAACUGGGGAGGACCCGACCAGUGUGGCUAUUGCCAGCAUCCAGUCAUCUGCCACCUUCCCCGACCCCAACGUCAAGUACGUCUUCCGAGCUGAGAAUGGGGGCCAGGUGAUGUACAGGGUGAUCCAGGUGUCCGAGGGGCAGCUGGACGGCCAGACCGAGGGGACGGGUGCCAUCAGUGGCUACCCUGCCGCUCAGUCCAUGACCCAGGCGGUUAUCCAGGGUGCGUUCACCAGCGAAGAGGCAGCUGACACAGAGGGGACGGCCGCUGAGACACACUAUGCUUAUUUCCCUGGCGCUGCUGUGGGCGACGGGGCGGGGACCGCGGCCGGGAGUGCAGCCGCUGUUGUCACUACCCAGGGCUCAGAGGCCCUGCUGGGACAGGCCACCCCUCCUGGCACCGGUCAGUUCUUCGUGAUGAUGUCACCACAAGAAGUGCUGCAAGGAGGAAGCCAGCGCUCCAUUGCCCCCAGGACCCAUCCUUACUCCCCGAAGUCAGAAGCUCCCCGGACGACUCGGGAUGAGAAACGCAGGGCUCAGCAUAAUGAAGUGGAGCGGCGCCGCCGGGACAAGAUCAACAACUGGAUCGUGCAGCUGUCCAAGAUCAUCCCCGACUGCUCCAUGGAGAGCACCAAGUCCGGCCAGAGUAAAGGUGGGAUUCUCUCCAAAGCCUGUGAUUAUAUCCAGGAGCUGCGGCAGAGCAACCACCGGUUGUCUGAGGAGCUGCAAGGGCUGGACCAGCUGCAGCUGGACAAUGAAGUGCUUCGCCAGCAGGUGGAGGACCUCAAGAACAAGAACCUGCUGCUGCGCGCCCAGCUGCGGCACCAUGGCGUGGAGGUGGUCAUCAAGAGCGACAGCAGCUGACGGCUCCCUGCGGCGGAGCGGCAGGAAGUCUGGAGCAGUGGCUCCUGGGCCGUGCCUGCCCUGCCCUGCCCACUUCUGGCACGAGACUGGGAGGCUCAGAGGGUGUGUCAGGCAGCAGCCUGCAGGGUGUGAACACGG